ACCCUCACCAGCGAGGGGCGGAGGGGCGUCACAACACCGGAUCCUCUCCUGUCCCGAGCAGCUCCCCGCACCAUGGCUUUCUUCACCCACCACGUCUGCAGGGGUCUGUUGACCUCGGCGGCCAGACAUGUCGUGAUCAAGCACGUGAUGAUCAUUGGCGGUGGACAGAUGGGCGCGGGGGUCGCACAGGUUGCUGCGUCCACCGGCCACUCGGUGACACUGGUGGACACUUCUGACGACAUCCUGAAAAAGGCCGUCAAGGGAAUCGAAGGGAGCCUCAAAAGAGUGGUCAAGAAGAAGUUUGCUGACAAGCCGGAGGCGGGCGAGGAGUUCGUCCAGAAGGUCCUGCAGAACGUGUCGACCUCGACAGAUGCCGGAUCUGCCGCUCAGGGCGCGGACCUCGUGUUGGAGGCCAUUGUGGAAAAUCUAAAAAUCAAACAGGAUCUCUUCAGUGGGCUUGACAAGCUGGCACCAGCACACACAAUCUUUGCCAGCAACACUUCCUCCCUGCCCAUCUCUGACAUCGCCAGCUCCACCAACAGGCUGGACCGGUUCGGCGGCCUUCACUUCUUCAACCCCGUCCCCAUGAUGAAGCUUGUCGAGGUCAUCGGAACCUCGGCAACAAGCCAAGAGACGUUCGAUUCCCUCCUGAACUUCAGCAAAAUGCUCGGGAAAACCCCCGUGUCCUGCAAGGAUACGCCUGGAUUCAUUGUGAACCGCCUGCUUGUUCCUUACAUAGUGGAGGCCAUCCGGCUGCACGAGAGAGGUCAUGGAUCCAAAGAAGACAUCGAUAUUGCCAUGAAACUUGGUGCUGGCUAUCCCAUGGGGCCCUUUGAGCUCUCGGACUAUGUGGGACUAGACACUAUGAAAUUCAUCAUGGAUGGUUGGAAUGAAAAGGAUCCUGACAACCCCCUGUUUGCCCCGAGUGAAAUGGUGAACAAGUUGGUCGCAGAGGGCAAAUAUGGCAAAAAGACAGGAGAAGGAUUCUACAAGUACAAGUGAAAAGGUUUUGCAGCGUUGCUAGUUUUGUGUGGAGGUACGAGUCCAAACUGUAGAGAGUGAGCUCUCCAACAGGGACUAACGAGAACCGCCAGUAGAAAAAGUGCCUUCUCUACGCUAAAGGUGAACUUCUGUCCCGACAAGUCCACUGAACAACAUCGUGAUGUUUGUGAAGAGAUUACAUGUAACUAAAUAAAAAAUUGAUUUUUCAAAUA